CCAGUUGGAUUUGUGUGUAAUCACGGUGGCACUAAUGAUUGGGCGGCUGGGCCGGGCCUGUCACAGCGAAUGCACGGCCAGCCCAGCUAUACAACCCUGUGAAUUGGCUGGGUGGAUGGGCCAGGUCAAGCCGGGCUUUAUCUGAUCCGCAACGCGAGACCGCGCGCGAAUCAUUCAUCGCAUACUUUGGGCUGAAAUCUUGUCUAAGUGGGUCCAUUUCAGGGUGAUCCCCAGACGUGACCAUGAUGGGCUGAGAAUUGAGAUCCGCAGCUCCAUGGGCCCGGACCAGUUGGAUCAACGAAUCAGAAACUCAGAAUCACACGAUACGAGACAGAACCAACGGUGGAUGCCGCACAGUCGCCGGAUGCGACCCCGCUGCACGGUCGCUGGUUCAUCUUCCUCUUCCCUCCGGGGCCAGUGUCUCGCCGGCGCCAUGGCCCCCGGCGUCUCCUUCGUGCCCUGGCUACCGGUAGCCAUAUCCUGUACCCUCCUCGCCGGUGCCGGCGUGGAUCAGCUCCUUGAGGUUCUUUGCGUGGGUGGGCACUGCAACACCUGUUUCUGCAAAAUUGCAAGUUCACGAGGGCUGCGAGUUCCUCCUAUGGCAGUCUGGAUCAUAGCAUACUUCUAAAAGAAGUUGGAUUCGAUGGAAAAGCUUUGAAGCUGAUAUCUCACCGGUUAUUGAUUGCACAACCACUACCUGAUGGGCUUUAUUAAAGAAAGGACGGACCCAAGAGAAAUUGCUUCAUCCUACAGCUACAGAGCACCAUUGAAAAUAUCGCCUUGGAAAAGCACCAUAUCACAAAGAAUUCAUGAAAGGAGAACCCCAAAACGAAAAGGUUACAUCCAGCUAAUCCCAAACCCUGUCCAUCAGAACCGAUCGAGCACCUGCUAGAAAGAUUCCUAAACUAGUUACUAAACCCCACUCCAAAGUCCUAAUCCGUAUCAUAUUAUUCCUCCGUUCCCCGAGCUGCCCCUCCACCGAAUCCAGGUCAUCAUCAUCACUGCACUUUGUUCGUGUCAUCGUGUACUUUGCUUCCAGAGCCAGGAACCACAGCAACCACUUCUCGCUUCCUCCAGCUCACUGGUGUUCUUGCCAAGUCAAAGGUGGAGAAGAUCGAAUCUUUUUGCUCCCACUGUUCCUUUCCUGUUCUUCGUUCAGCGCCAUGAGCAGUACGCUGCUUCGGGUCUACCCUUCCGAGCUCAAGAUCCCCUAUGAGGUGAAGAAGCAGCGAUCUUGCUGCAUGCAGCUGACGAACAGGACCGAUCAAUUCGUGGCCUUCAAGGUGAAAACAACGAGCCCGAGGAAGUACUCGGUCAGGCACAGCUGCGGCAUACUGCUUCCACGGGGCUCGUGCAAUGUAACAGUUACUAUGCAAGCACCUAUGGAGAUGCUAUCAGACCACCACUGCAAGGACAAGUUCCUCGUGCAAAGCGUUGUGGUGCAGGACAGAGCGACGAUGGAAGACUUUGGUCCUCAAUUGUUCACUAAAGCACCAGGUAGGCUAAUUGAGGAGUUCAAGUUGCGAGUGGUGUAUAUUGCUGCUAAUCCUCCCUCACCAGUUCCGGAGGAAGAAGAGGAAGAGGAUUCAUCUCCUCUGUCAGAGGUGGUCUCUGGAGUAAAGACCUCAUCUACAUUUGAUGUUGCGGAUAGAUGUAUAGGUGCUUCUGCAUCAGAACCUUGUUCUGAGGGUACCUCUGUAAUAUUGGAGCUGGUUGGAGAGAGAGACUAUGGAGUAGACAAAAAUCAGAAGGUUCUGCAAGAAAUGGAACUGCUUGGGGAGACAAGGUCAUCUCAACAGGGAUUCUCACUGAUGUUUGUAGUGUUCGUCUUCAUGUCAUCUGUGUUCAUUGGACACUUGAUGAACGAAAUCAAGGUCUAGCCAAAAUAACAAUUGUAAAAAGAAAAGUAGGAUCUGCAUUUCUACCAACACUGUCACCGACUCGAAGUCGAGUUCUCCAUACAAAUUUCUCUUAGUAGUUUCACAUUUCAUCAUAGCUUCACUCCCUAUAACACGCAGUACUAUUCUAGAAACAGAAAGGGUUCAUCAGGAACCUGUAGUUAAUUUGUGCAUUCAAAUGUAUUUUCUGAAGGUAGUUUUUUAUGAAUAGAUUUUGAGAGGAUUUCUUGA